AUGGAUAAUGCGGCCAAGGUGUUUGUCAAGAAGAGCGUGGUGGUCGCUAGGGUCCCCGCGGCUCGGCCGCCUAGCAAAGAGAGCCAGCAGUCGGUUGCUCAAGCUCUCCGGCUUCAUCCCAACGUGCAAAAAACCGUCUUGUCAGUCUCGUUGACCAUUGGUGCUCUCGGACUGUCGCUCUUACUCUUCAAGCAGAAGGAAAGCACGACUACUAGCGAUUCGAAGGACAUGCUCACCAGCUCAUCCUCAGCCGACUCCACCCCCAGCCAGUCAACAACAGCCUCCCUCAGGUCAUCAUCAGCAGCAGCAGCACCAAAAAAGAAACCCAUCAGACACUCCCAGUCCAUCCUCAACCUCGCCUCAGCCACCCUCCAUCUCACCACCAUCAGGAUCGCACAAUGGCCAACCAAACUCAAGAACACCCUCCACAUCAAACAUUCCGCCUACCGGCUAUCCUCAUACCGCGGAACAUGCUUCAACCCAAACUCAAUACCCCCCGUCAUGAAACAGUUCACCGACAGCUUGCUGACCAUCGCCGAGAUCGACCAGCCCAGCGGACUCUUUGAAAGCUCGCGAUCGGCCAAGUCCCGCCUCGGCUGGGUCUACUUCGACCUCAUCAAGCCCAACGGAUACCUCCUCCAUCUCCAGGCGUUCAUCAAGCUCUCGCGGAGCGGCACGAUCACCUCCGGCCUGCUUGGCCGCUUCGACCUCGACUCGAGUCGGGAGCGCCCGAUGCCCUCCGGCCAGAUCGGCACCGUCGAGAUCCUCCCCUCCCUCAACCUCGUCCUCUUCAGACUCACCCAUGCCGAUAUCCAACACGAGGAAAACACCGUCGACGACACCCCGCUCAGACCCCCGCUCGGUCUGCCCACCAAACGGCUCUCUACCUUCUCAUACGUCUCCCAUCCUCAAACUGUCCUCUCCUUCCGGGUCGGUAAAGACGCCCGAUACCAUGAACACCAGCGCUCCUCUGUCUCCUCAACAACUCAUUUGCCUAAAUUCAUCCGAUCUGAUCAUACCCUAGGCGGACUCAGCUCGCUCCAUGCGCUCCUCUACAUCCAACACGCUAACACCAUCGAUCCUAUCCUCCAUCGCUCGGCUUCAAUCAAUCCACUGAGGACCGAGGGAGAUAAGACCCAGCGAUUAGCGUCAACAGCCGAUACCAAAUCUGUCUUUUUACCCCAUCUAGACCUCUCCAUCUCCUACGGCUUCCACGAUUCUAGGAUGGGCAAACGUCAUUCGAUGUAUGCUUAUGCCACGCCGAAUUACAGCUCUUGGUUGGGCGAUUUGAUCGAUCAUGAUAAACGAUGGCUGGAUGUACGUUUCUCUAAGCUGGUCUUACAAGGCUCACACGAUGCGGGCAUGUUUACCAGCUUACAUCCUGGGUUUGUCAAGAUGAUCACGAAGAUGAAGUUGGAUUCAGACAUUGGAAACUUUUUGAUCGAUCAUGGAAUCUCAUUUGUCCACAUCCUAACCAAGCUGCUCAAGACCUUCAACAUCGACCUCGAGCUGGCCAUCUGCAACAUAGCAAAUACCCAGAAAGAUGUGAUCUUCGACCAACUCCGUCACGGUACCCGAUUCUUCGAUUUCAGACCAGGGUAUUGUUUCCACGACUGUCUGAACGGGGAACGAGGUCGGAUCCAUCACCAACAUGCGUGUGUGCCGGGAUAUGAAUAUGUUAAAGCUCUCGAGGAAACCUUCUCGUUCUUGGUUUCCCAUCCUAAGGAAAUCGUCGUCUUUGAGCUGAAAAGUGACGGAUUUAUUUCGAGUAAGACGACAUGGCGGAAGGACUCGAUCCCAUUCCACUCGAUGAUCCCGACGAAGGCGGCGCUAGCCUCGGCGCUAGAUGAGGCGAAGCAGAACCUGCAGGCCGAGCUGCCCCAAAUCAGGGCCGGCCUGUUCUCGUCCCUCUAA